AUGAACAUAGGUAAUAAAGUAUACCUAAAAGACAUUGAAAGUUUGGCUGAUGAUUCACAUCUCAAACUACGGGUUUUAAAGAUGUGGAAUUUCAUAAAGUAUAUAAUUCCAAUCAACGUGCAAGAUCAUACCGGCACCAUUGGAUUUACUCUUUUUGAUAGGGAAGCAAAAAGAUUGUUGGAUAUAAGUGCAUAUGAGUUGAAAAAAUUACACGAAGAGGCUGGAGACAGUAUGCAACUUUUUCCAAACCAAAUGAACGUAUUGAAAAACCGCAAAUUUGCGUUUCUUGUAAAUAUUACAUCCUACAACGUCAACAACUAUAAUAAUAUCUACAGCGUUGUCAAAAUUACAGAGGAUGUGGACAUUGUUUCCCAUUUGGAAAGUAAACUAGAAAUUUUGACUACUAAAUCAGUGUCCUUAAAUGAAGUACCCCUCGAAUCAGAUGAUGUUGUUCAGAAUGUUCAAAAGGAUGUCAUAUCACAAACAGAUGAGAGUUUUACUCCAUCAACAGUUGAUAAAUCAUCUGCAACCAGCAACCAGUCCGCUGAAAAUACCAACUGA